AUGAGCAGUUUUUAUAGCCACGGGCAACUAUCUGCCGACCAGUUCCGCCACUCAGACUCAGACUCUGACUCCCGCUACCAUCACACAUGGGCUGGUCCAUCCUCUUCCUCCGGCUACUACCAGGAGCAAACAUCAUCAGAUCCCCGUUUCCAUGCCUUCGGUAACUACUAUGCCAACCAAUCAAACUCCAACUCGGGCUACUCCUACAACCUCGGCGGCUACUCUGAGUCUCAACAGUCCGACUACCAUCCACACAUGUGGCAGUCUCAGGAACACGGCGGCGUACCACCAUCUUCAUCUUCAGUCGCCACUUCAAGUCCACCCAACUUACAGGACGAGGCUUGUGGCGGUGACCAGAAUACUUGUGUCCAAUGUGACAAGAAAUUCAGACGUCCAUCGGAUCUCGCAAAACACUCAAAGUACCAUCAAAAGCACUUUUCAUGUCUUGUCUCACAGUGCUCCGCUGCUUUCGCUACUCAGAAAGACCUGACCCGGCACAUGCGUACACAUCGCAAAGGCGAGGGCUACCAAUGCAAGGUAGACGGAUGCCGCAAGGCCAUGUCGGGCCAUAUCUACUCACGAAAGGACAACUUUGAUCGACAUAUGCGGACGGCGCAUCCAGAACAUCCGCAAAUCUGA